AUGGGCGGGAUCCUUCUUGUGCUCAUCGAGGGUGUCGGGCUCAUGCUCAACCGCAUCCUCUCCAACCCGCAGAACCUCCCAUUGUUUCCUGCCGACGACCCCAGCCUAGGUGCUAUGCUCAAGCUGGAGGAGGACAAGAACCAGUUGUCCAAGGGCUUGGACCCUUGGGGCAACAACCCUACCGCUACCACCAGCACCUUGCACUACAUGCUCCAGGAGAAGGAGAGAGCUGCGCAAGCGCAGGAGCAGCUCCAGAUCUACCACCAGCAAGGGUUCAGCUAUCUCCAGCACCACCGGAGGCAGCAGCAGUCGAGAGCAGGACUAGGCGGCGAUGGGGUCAGCAGCGGCGACUCGACGCCCGUGGACGCCCUGACGACCGCAUUCGGGAGCGGGCGGAUCGUGCGGUCCGCGGCCGGGCGCAAGGACCGGCACAGCAAGGUGUGCACGGCGCGCGGGCUGCGCGACCGACGCGUCCGCCUCGCCGCGCACACCGCCAUCCGGUUCUACGACGUGCAGGACCGCCUCGGCUACGACCGCCCCAGCAAGGCCGUCGACUGGCUCAUCUGCAACGCCAAGGCCGCCAUCGAGGAGCUCCCCGACCGGACCGAGGCGCCUCCGGCCGCGGAGGCUGCUGCAGAGGCCACUGAGCCGACCGAGCAAGUGACCUCGACGUCCUACGGCUUCGGCAACCCCGAUGGCACCAUCAGUGGUGUUGCUGGCUCGUUCAUUCCUCAUUCCGUCGGCGUGGAUGAUGUCUCCGGCAACGUCAAGUCCUUAUUCCCCUCCUCGUCGACAGCCAGCACCACCCCCGCCCACGACGAGUACAGGGGCUCCCCGCCGGACCUCCUGUCGCGCACGACCAGCAGCCAGCCGCAGGAGCUUUGCCUCACCCUCCAGUCUAAUCAGCACCAGAUAUUCAGCCAUGUAUCUCCGAACCAUCACGAUAUGAUCUCUAGUGCAGGUGUUCCAGGUUGGUCGGAGCACAGCCAGAGAAUGCCGUCGUGGCAUGCCUCGGGGAACGGCACGGGAGACGGCCGCGGCGCCGGUAAUGGCGGCAGCUACAUGUUCGGCAUGGCGCCGCGGCAAGGGCUAGCAGACCAGAGCCAGCUCUUCUCUCAAGGGGAACCCCUUCAGUCCAGUGGCGGCUGGGCGUCAGCUCGCACUUGGCUAGACCCCCUCGCCGCAAUCCACCAGCCGUCGGCUUUGGCUGGGCAGGUCGGGUUCAGCCAUCUGGUCGGCGCCGGCGGCGGGUUCAUGGGGUUCCUCGCGCCGGCGGCGGCGCAGAGGCUCCAGGGCGGGGACGAGCAAGGGAGCGAAGCGAUGAGAAGAGACUGAUGAACUCUCGUGGUGGUGCACAUGAGCUUGUGCUUCAACUACUACGCCAACACAAGAGGAGGCCUAGUUUGGAACACAGUGCAGAAAUCUUCCGGGUAUUAUGCUUAUCUCUCUUAUAAAACUUAUGUUUAGUACUACUCUAGUUAACUACACUGAGUUUGUGACAUCAUUUGCCUCUCUAUAUACGGAAAUAUAUGAUGCUACUACUAACUAAUACAUUCUAUCACAAAACACAUGCAAUUAAACCUUUUUAAACUUUGACGAAUGUAGUAUAGAUAAAAUAUUUAGACUCAUCAGAUUGAAAUGAUAACAGUAAAUUCACCAUCAAAAGUGCUUUGUGACUUUGUGUCAUCUUACGUUUUUAUAGAGUUGUUAUGGACGUUUUCAACAAUAUUAGCUAAAAUACAAUUAGAAAAGUAAUGGCUAAAUUUUGAUACAAAAACUGUGACGGUGUCCUAAACGCCGAGCAAAGGGA